AUGUCCCAGAAGAAAAACGAUUGUGAAUUGAUUUUAAUCGACCCUUAAGAUGAUUCAGACAUUAAACCUAUGAAAAUCUUAAAAAAACUUGUUUCUAAUGCAGGUGGAGUUAGAUAUCUUGUUGAAUACAGCAAUAAUGAAUAAAAGCAAGAAACAGAAAAAUAUAUGAAAGAGAAUUAUUAAGAAUUGAUAGAGGAUUAUAAUUAUUUUUCUGUCUGUGGUAGCAGAUUCGAUCAAUUAACUUUGUAGAAGAUGAGGGAAAAUAAUAAUAAGAUGUAAAAUUUUGAGAAUCAUGCUAAAUUACCUACAAUACCAUCAGAUGAAAAUUAUCCAAUUUUUAAAAGGCAAAAAAAAAUAGAUAAACAAAUUGAAAAAAAUAUCAAAGUCAAUAACAAUCAAAUCUUACCAUUACCUCAAUAGACAUAAUAAUAAUUACAAUAACAAUAACAAAUUCCUUAACAAUAAUAAAUUUAAUAACAUAAUAGUUUACUUUAGAAUGAGAAAUAUUUAAUUAAAUAAUAAUAAGUUCAAAAUUAAACCUUACUUUCAUUGAAAUCUGAUCAAGGAGAUAAAAUUAAGUCUAUUACACUAGAAAAUGGAUUAUUUCUAAUUCAAUGGUAACCCAGACCUGAUGGAAAUGUACCUUAUCAAGAGUAUUACCAUUAUGACUUCUUAAAAGCAACAGCUCCUACUAUUUUAUUAUCAUUUUUAGAGCAAGAAUUCUUAAAUGAGGACUAAAAAUUUAAAAAUCUUAAAAGAUAAUCUUAUUAAAAUUCAACCAAAGAAAAUGAUGAUAAUCCAUAAUAUAAGGAUAAAUCAAUCAAUAUCACUUAGACCGAUAAAUCCUAAGAAAUAAUUGAAGUCUAAAAGGAAGUACUAAAGGAUGAUCAUCCGAUUAAAAGAGCUUUUUAGUUCGAAGAAGUUAAAGAGCAAAAAGAUAAUUCUAAAGACAUUCUGAUUGAUGACUUCUCAGUUGAUGAUGCCUAGGAAGUUAUACUUGAUGAGAAAUAGACUGCGGAACAAGAAAAAAAACAGUAAUAAUAAAAGAAAGGCAUUAUUCCAUCUUUUAAACCUUAGGGAUCAACUUAGAAAUCAAGAAAAUAAAUGAUAGAUAAAGCAUAAGAGUUAUUUACAGUGGAAAAAGCAUAAGGGAAACUGGAUGAAAAAUUAUCUCAAAUGGAAAAGCCUACUCCCAAAUAAUAAGUAACAAUAACUCAACCGAAAUUGUCUAACUAGUCAUUUCCAGCACAAUUUGCUUAAGCUUAAGCUCCAGAUGAAUUUGAAAUACUAGGUUCUUUGGAAAAACCUGAGGAUAAAUAAAAUUAAAAUUACGAGAAGGAACUUGAAGAAUGCUAUUCUGAUGUAGAGUUACCUCAUUUUUAAUUUAAUCAAAGCGAAAUUUGA